ACCUUGGGAAGGAAGUCAUCGUGACUCGUCGAUUGUAAGCUUAAAAAAAAAAACAAAAAAAAAACACACAUCUGAAAUACACAAUGUGUGAUUCAGAACAGCAAAAACAGGCUGAAAAGGUGUCUCAGCCUCAGUGGCCUGAGAAUGGAGAUGAGUGGAGUGAUGGAGAGGAUGGGACGAAUAUGGACUGCGGGCUUCUGCAGGCCAUGGCCGAGGAGGAUGAGGAGAUAAAUGUCUACAAUGAAGAGACAUUUGGAAUGGAUCUUGAUGCACAUGGGACUACAGAGGGCCCCAGCAGUAGUCUCCUUCAGUUUGGAGAGCUGCUGCCUCCGCCACCCCCACCCCCUACACCCCCAACAACACCACCACCACCACCAGACCCAAAACCACCUUCCCGCCACAGCUCCCCCUCCCCUCCCCGACAGAAGCCACAGUAUCUGCCCCGGGCUCCCCUAGGGUGGCAUGGCAGAGCUAGGGGAGGAGGGCUGGGUAGGGGCCAAAUGUUUGAAGACCCAGCUGUGAUUAGGACAGUGGAGGGGCGCCCAAGCCUCAAGAGUCUUGACAGUGCCAUAGUGGACUGUGGAAAUGCCAUGUACCACAAAACCUUUGUGGAUAAUCAUAUGGAACCCUCUUCCAGAAAGACUAGAAGAAUCUCAGGAUCAAUACUUCAGGACAGUGCUAUAGUGUGUGUGAUUGAUGGUCACAGAGGCAGAGGUCAGGACCUGACCUCCAACUUCCUGGAUUUGCCCUAUCCUGUCUCUUCCUUCAGGGGCAGGAGAGGGGAACCCAGAGGAUCCUACUCCAGAAGACUGUUUGGCCAAAGAGGUCCCCCUCAGAUGCAUGCACCCAUGGUACCAGGAUCACCCAUCUUCCCACGUCAACCCUUAACCCCACGGCAACAUUACAAUCAGACAGGGGGCUUCAUGUUUCCUACAAACCGACCCUGCCCCUCCACUCCUCAGUCUCUGACUCCUAAGAUGAUGCAACUUCGCUUUGGGGCCAACUCGCCACGACCGUCCCCCUUUUACAGCCCCUUGUCUAAUUCAGUGCAACAUUUCAGGUACCCGGGUCCUGUCACCCAGCUCCACCCCCAACAUAAACGACUACUUAGUCAAAAACAACACAUGUUCCAAAGAAAAUCUGAGGCCUGGGAUCCUUACUGUAAUCUUAUGACGGGGAAAGAGAAGGAGUGGAUCACCAGGCUGCAGAUGAUUCAGCUGCAAAGUGAAAAUCCAUACCUUGAGGACUACUAUUACCAGGAGUACUAUCGGCGAAUAGAAGCAAAGAUGGCAGAGGAAGAGCUGGGCAUCAGGGGCAAGAGGGAGCCACCCAAGCUCACCACACCUUACAUCACGAAAACUGACUCCUACACACCAGUGGUGCACAUUGAAGGUUCUCUGGGUCAAGUUGCUGUGUCCACAUGUUACUCUCCUCGCCGUGCCAUUGGCGCAGUUCAUGCAGUCCAAGCUCAAGCUCCACUUGAGGAACUAAAAGACAUCAGACAACAGCGGUUAGAGGUCCUCAGCAAAAUAGAAAAGUUGUUCAUAGUACUAUUAGAGGUGGAGGAGACGGAGAGAAUGAAAACCACUGUGUUGUCUGAAGCUGAAGAAAGAAGGUUGAUGGAGAAGAGACAGAGGAAAGUGGAGCACAUCUACUCCCAGCUGCAACACCACAAUCCCCUGGACUCAGGAGGGGAGUUUCUUCCUUUCCUGCUGGUCUCAAAAGGCAAAAGGCUACUUGCCCGUCUGCUCCCGUUCCUGAAACAUGAUACUGCACUGAAAAUCUUGAGCAUUGUGACUUCCAAACUACCUAUGCUGAUGAGCAGAGAUGCAGAAGAGGCCCUACCAGUGCUCUACCCGCCUCUACGAAAUGUGAUUGGAGGCCUGACAUUUAGUCAGCUAAUUGGGGUCCUCAAAGAUCUCACAUCAUCAGAGUCUGUGACAACACAUGACUCCCUCACGCUGGCAUGUCAGAACAAGUUUGGACUGUCCUUAUUGUAUGCUCUCCUGUCCCAAGGAGAGAAGCUACUGUCCUCAGGCGUUCCUCUAGAGCCCAGCAUCGGUGACUUUGAGACCUGGACGGACACAAUAUUCCAGGUGGCGGGACAGCUUUCACAAUGUUCACUGGUGGAGCCGCUCCUCAUGCCCUCAAACCUGCUCACUCUCUUCUGCCGUUACCUGGACAAGCGCACUGUGUAUCAGCUGAAAAGCAACAUGGAGUCUGCAACCGGAUUCCUGGCUCUUCCAUCUUAAGAUGGACGGAAGCUGAUGAAAUGUUCAGCUAAUGACCAGGUUGUGGUGAGCACUAGAGUGAAAGGAGCAGAAGCACUGCCCUGACAAAAACUCCUCGUUGUUCACUAUAACUGAAGCUAUGUAAUGUUCUCAGACCUGCGUUCAAAAUGCUUUUGCUUUAUUUUUUUUUCCCCCCUCAUCCCCUCACAUUUCUGCACACUCAAACUGUUUCCCUUUUUUAUUUCCUUUUAUCUGAUGUUUUUACUUUCCUCCCUUUGGUCUCCAGUAGGUUACAUCAGAAUGCAAUUUAUUCUGAAAUCACAAACCUGAUGCUGCUUUUUUUUCUUUUUUUUUUUCUUUCUUUUUUUUUUUUUACCUUCCAAAACAAGGGUUGCCAUCAGAUUACUAUAUACUGAGUUGUAACAUUACAUGAACUAGCAGAUGGAGCUGACUGAGUUAUGUGGCUUCUAACCACUCCACGCUUGCGUGUUUCCACACAUCAGUUAAUGCCAGUUACAUUCAGUAACAAGAAACUUGAGCUAUCACUUAAUGAGAAAUGUUUGAUCGUAUAUUGGUUACCAGACUGAGGAUUGUGUAGUAAUUUAUGAGCUCAAACUAUAUGUUCAUGAUUAUAAUAACCAUUAAGGAAGUUGGCAUGGUCCAUCAACAUAGGUCAUGCAAUUUUUUGUUUUUGUAAAAAGACAUUGUGUAUACGUGUGUAUUGAUACUUAAAAUGAUGUAUUUGAUGUAAUUUUCCAUCUUAGAUAUCUCAGUUGUAAAGAUUUAUUUAUUGUAUUCAUUUGGAAACAGGAAUAACUUAAAUUUCACCCUUGUAGAGCACUUGCAACACAAAUAAAAAAAAAAAUCUUCAAAAA